GUUGCCCCUAAGCAUAAUCUCCCCUGCUGGCCCCUCAUGGACCAGCCGAUGACCAGUAGUACCCCCAAGGCAUGGGAUGACCAGGCCUUUCCAUAGCAUAAGGAGCUGCCUAAUUGCACUGACUUGGGGACUGCAGACACCUGGCCAUGCAUUCUGCCUGUCCCUCCUGACUCCUGUGCCACCUGCCAUGCUCUGCCUCCCCGAGGUCUGCGCCAUCCUGUGGUCGACGAACUCCAAGGAGUUCAUAUCUGGCCACGGCUUCGCCCAGAACCAGCUGGUGGUGUGGAAAUACCCUACCAUGGUCAAGGUCACAGAGCUAAACGGCCACACAGCCAGAGUCCUGAACCUAACCAUGAGCCCAGACGGCUCUAUGGUGGCGUCUGCAUCUGCAGAUGCGAUGCUACAGCUCUGGUGCUGCUUUGAGAUGCACCCUGUGAAGAAGAAAGAGAAGGAGAAGGCAGGCACUGCCAAGAGCAGCAUCAUCCACCAAGGCAUCCGGUGAAGGUGGUGCUGCCAGCACGGGGACAGUGUACAGUGUUUUAAUGCCAAUAAAUACCAUAAUCUGCUUUUUA